GAAAAACUCACAGAGGAGCAAGCAUUUUUGUUCACUAUGAUGGCGUUGAGGCUGCUCCUGUCCUGUGUUCUUCUUACCCCAGGGUUCAGUGCUGAGAUCCCUGUGUUUGUUCGGACAGGAGAUUCUGUUCAACUGGAAAUACAGACACAAGAACUACCAGAGUUUGAAUUUUUAUACUGGAGUAAUGAUAAAUCAGAGAAUAUAGUUAGAUAUACAAGUGAAACUAAAGGAGUUAAACUUUACCCUUCCUACAAGGACAAAGUGGAUUUCAAUAAUAAAACCUUCUCUCUGACUCUGAAGAACAUUCAGAAGACAGAGAGUGGACUCUACACAGCAAAAACAAGUGGAGAAUCAGACAAGAACAUUGUUACAUACAGAGUAUCUGUUAUGGAUGCAGUGGAAGCUCCGAUCUUGACUGUAAACUUAAUCUCAUACAGUCCUGACCCAUGUAACUUUACAUGCAAUGGAAGUAAUAUUAUCAUCAGCUCCAUCUAUAAUGGUAGCAGCUGUUCUCCAGAGGAGGCGUCAUUCUCUAAUAAGUACACCCUAAGACUGAGCUGCCCUGGUGACUCCAUCAUGUGUAACUACAGCAACCCAGUGAGCUGGAAGAAUGACACAAAAAUGGUUAAUGAAAUCUGCACUGUUAAUAAAGGACAACAUAAAGCAGCAACUGUGUUUCCCCUUUGGGUCCUUGUUAUUUGUCUAAUCACAUUGGCAUCGGCAUCGGCAUUGGCAGUGAUCGGCUUCUGUAUUUACAAGAGGAAAAAAGGCACCCAGACGAAUGAACAAACAAUCUAUGCAGAAGUUGACGAUAACAUCAAGCCACAAAAUUCACUGGAGAUGUUGGAGAAAUCAGAGUAUCCUCAGACAGUGUAUGAUACUGCUGGAGAUUCAGGACAGACUGAUGUUACCAACCACACCAAACCCAAUGAUGACCCUAUGAGUCAGAGUGGAUCACUCUCAGGCAAGAGCAAGCCAAUGACUAUCUACUGUGCUAUUCAGCAACAACCAAAACCCCCUAAAACUGAAACUGAUCACACUAUUUAUGGUGUGGUUAAUAAAACAUCAGCCAAAUAUGAAUCUGCACAUCCACAAUCAGAAUAAAAGUGUGCACUUUUAAUUAAGCUAAACCCUUUAGCAAUACAGGACAUUCAAGAAGAUAGUUUUAUUCUAAGUGUAAAUAAGCAGAAUAUUUGUGAUAUGCAAUGUGCUGUUUUCUUUAAAAAAAAAAAAAAAAAAAACUACACUUAGUCUUCCAACAUAAGUUAUAGCAGAAGCUCCACCACUACUUCUCUUUACAUCUCUCCUCCUCUUAUAGUACAAGCCAACACAACUGAGGGGUUGUGAAUAUGAGUUAUAAUGGUUCAGGUACAUUUGUGCAAUAGAAUAUAUUCAUCAGAAAAGCACAAAAAUGUGUAAUGCAUGAGCACUCUAAAUUUUGUUGUAGCAGACACUUGAUAAGACAGGCUACAUUAAUGCUAAAUUACAUCUAGCUGCACAAGCAGUAGUGAAUGUAUUUUUCAUUGUAAAAUUGUUGUACAUGUGGUUUAAACAGAAAUGCAAAAUCUCGUGUGUUCUGUAGAUUCUGUUGGAGAUUUCACCGCAUUUGCAGGCAACACAUGAAAACCACUUCCUGGAAAGUAUGUGUCAAUCUAUAGGAGUUAUUUUUAAGGGUGGCAGGGGGUUCAUUUGCCCAUUCGCCCAUUG